AUGCCUGGAAGACUAAAGUCUCUCAUUGGGACCAUCAACAGGCGUCCCAGCAAGGCAGCCGAUGGACGUACAGACCAGCAAGCUGCCACUGCUGCGGGAGCGGUAAACGGUGAAAAGACUGGUGUCUUUUCUGAUCUUGCCGGUCUCAGCUUCAAGGACAAGCACACACUUGCCCAUGCCCUUCCGACACUCGCCUCUGGCGAGGCUCUGGAUGACAAGGACUUGCUGUUGGAAAAGGGUGUUGCCAUGCUCCAGGGAAUGCCACCCAACAGCGGUUUGAGUCAAGGCAUUUCCGAUGCAUUCAUCUCAAUGCUCUGGGCAGAUCUGCCCCAUCCCGCUCUCACAUCGGCCGGUCCAACGUCGAGAUAUCGGAGACACGAUGGAGGCGGCAACAACCCCUGGUUCCCAGAGAUGGGCAAGGCGGGCUCGCCGUAUGCUCGCAACGUGCCGCCCAUGAAGUCCAAGGGUCCCAACCUCCCAGACGUCGAGGCCGUCUAUGACGCCUUGUUGAAGCGCGAGGGACCCUUUCGCAAACAUCCAUCAGGCCUGAACCGCAUGUUCUUUGCAUUUGCGACAGUCGUUAUCCACGAGUGUUUCCAGACAAGCCGCAAGGAUCCCUUUAUCAAUGAGACAUCUAGUUAUGUUGACUUGAGCACGCUGUAUGGAAACACGGAAAAGGAGCAAAAGCGGGUGCGUACAUAUGAGAAUGGUUUCAUAUACCCCGACUCAAUUGCGUCGGAGAGAAUCAUGAUGAUGCCGCCGCCCGUCGUCGCCGUCUUGAUCAUGUUCUCGCGCCACCACAACUUUAUUGCGGAAUCCUUGAUCCAAGUCAAUGAAGACGGCAAAUACAAGCCCUGGGAAGAACUUGAUAGUGAGGGACAGAAAUGGCAAGAUGAAGACAUUUUCCAAAUUUCUCGCAACAUUAAUGUGGGCUUCUUUGCUACAGUUGUAUUGAAGGACUAUGUCUCGGCCAUCCUCAAUACCCCCCGAGCCAACUCGGAGUGGAACCUCAACCUGGGCAAGGAAAUCAAAAAGGGUGGCCAGCGCGUCGAGCGAGGCAACGGCAACGUCGUGUCUGUAGAGUUUGCCGUCCUCUACCAUUGGCACGCGGCCCUCAGCGCCGCCGACGCCGACUGGAUGGAAGCUGUCCUGCGGUCCGACUUUCCUGACUUGGCUUCCAUUGAAGAUGUCACGCAUGAGCAGUUCCUAAAGGUCAUGAUGAACCACGGCCACAAGCUCAUGGCGACUGAUCCCAAGGAAUGGACUUUUGGCGGUCUGAAACGCCAGGCUAAUGGUCGAUUUAGUGAUGUUGAAUUGGCAGAGCUCAUCAAGGACGCCAUUGAAGAACCGGCUCAUGAGUUUGGUGCCCACGGAACUCCAGCCAGUCUGAAAAUUGUGGAUAUCAUGGGACAACUACAAGCGAGAGAAGUCUUUAACGUUUGCACUCUCAAUGAAUUCCGUCGAUAUCUCAACUUGAAGCCAUACGAAAGCUUUGACGAGUGGAACGAGGAUACCACGGUUGCCAGAGCUGCGGAACUUCUCUAUGGUCACAUUGAGAACAUGGAGCUCUACCCUGGUCUAAUGGCAGAGUGCACAAAGCCCGCCAUACCAGGUAGUGGUGUCUGCCCAGGACAGACAACCGGCCGAGGUAUUCUCGAUGACGCCGUGGCUUUGGUCCGUGGUGACCGUUUUCUGAGCUACGAUCUCAACAGCAAUACUCUGACGCAUUGGGGUGCAUCUUUGCUCCAGGACAACGCUCCAGGUGCUUAUGGCGGCAUGCUGCCCAAACUGCUGUUUAGAGGCUUGCCUGGCGCCUUUACUGGCACUUCAUCAUAUGCUCUCCUGCCGUUUUACACUCCAGAGGCCGCACGCGGUAUUCUCAAGGGCAACGGUGCGCUGGACAAAUACGACCUCAGGCGGCCCCCGAGUGGCAUGGACAUAAUCAGUGUCCAGACACACGAAGGCUGCAAGCAGGUGUUUGAAGACCGUGAGAACUUCCGCGUCAUGUACCAGGAUGCCAUUCGCAACUGCACUGCCGGUCACGAUUUCAUGAUUGGCUGGGACGAUGCCAACCGACAUGACGAGCGGUCCAAGAUCCUCCACAAGGUCUUUAUGGAGGAUGGCUUCGAAAAGGACAUAACCAACUUUUUCAGCACCAAUGUCAAGAAGCUCAUUAGUGCAAACUCAUUGACCCUUUCCAAGGGCAGACGGUCAAUUGACGUUGUGCGCGAUGUCACCAACAUUACGCCCAUCCUGUGGCUGGCAGACAAGUUUGCCAUUCCGCUCAAGACUCAGGAGAAACCCAAGGGUCUGGUAUCCAUCUUCGAGGCAUUUGGUGCUUACCUUGUCUUGUUCAUGUACCAGAGUUUCAAUAUCAUGCCAAUCAAUGAGUGGAAGCUCCGCGAGGCGGCAAUGAAGGCGGGCGAUGCCCUGCGGCCCAUUUUUGAAACACAUUUAAAGACGCAGCAAGGCUUGAAGGAAAAGGCCGUGGACUGGCUCGCCAAGGGCAGUGCGUUUGAAGUCGGACCCCAGGCUGACCGUUUGUACCACGCGCUCAACGACUCAAAGCUGCCCAUCGGCGACAUGGUCGGCGACUGUAUCGGCAUGGGCGCGCCCGUUGCCGGCAAUAUUACCCAGCAGGCCUCGCUCCUCAUUGACUUGUACCUCAGCCCGGGCUACGAGCAGUACAAGGAGCGCAUCAUUGAGCUGGCGCACAUGGACCCGGACAAGUCGGAGCGCGAGCUGGCCGGCUUCGUCAUGGAGGGCAUGCGCCACGCCGGCGUGGUUCCCGGCCUGCCGCGCGUCGCCACCCGGGACACGACGGUCAACGACGGCGCCCGCGGGCCCGUCACGGUCAAGGCCGGGCACACGGUGCUCAUCGCCACGUCCAAGGCGGCCAUGGACUCGACGCAGUACCCCGAGCCCGAGAAGCUCAACCCCCUGCGCCCGUUCAAGGACUACAUCCUGCUCGGCCACGGCCUGCACUUUUGCUUUGGCGCCCGCCUCGUCACCCCGGCGCUGGCUGCCACGCUCCGUGAGGUCUUUAGGCUCAAGAACGUCCGUCGUGCCCCUGGCAAGCUGGGCAAGUUUACCAUUGUGGAACACGACUUGGCUGGCAUCAAGAUGAGACAUUACUUGGACUCGAGCUCCAAGGAGUCGCCCAUUCCCACGUCUCUCACGCUUUAUUAUGAUGCCUAG